GGGAGCGAGACGCAACCUGUGCCAGUGCGCAUCUUUUCCAAAACUUGUCCGGAGCUGUCAAAGAGCAGGGAACGGAUCCGAACGCGCCAUGAGUAACAAGUCUUUAAACCUGAACACCAGCCCGCCUCGGGCUGGCGGCACCGUGGACCACGAACUCGUCAUCACUUCCACUUUCGGGACGCUCCUCUCCGUUGUCUACAUCAUCGGGGUCUCGGGGAACGUGUACACGCUGGUGGUGAUGUGCCACUCGAUCCGGUUCGCCACCUCCAUGUACAUCUCCAUCAUCAACCUGGCUCUCGCGGACCUGCUCUACCUCUCCACCAUCCCUUUCGUGGUGUCCACCUACUUCCUGAAGGACUGGUACUUCGGAGACGUGGGCUGCCGCAUCCUGCUCAGCUUGGACCUUCUCACCAUGCACGCCAGCAUCUUCACCCUGACCGUAAUGUGCACGGAGCGCUAUCUGGCCGUCACCAAGCCGCUGGACACGGUCAGGCGCUCUAAGAGUUACCGCAAAGCUCUGGCGUGGGGCGUGUGGCUGCUGUCGCUGGUGCUCACCGUGCCCAUGAUGGUAAUGGUCGCUCAGACAACUAAAAGCACGCCGGACGGGGGUGUGAAGAGGAUGUGCGCGCCCACAUGGGCUCCACUGGCUUAUAAAGUUUACGUAACGGUCCUGUUUGGCACCAGCAUCAUGGCCCCGGGGCUCAUCAUCGGGUACCUGUACGUCAAGUUAGCCCGCACUUAUUUAGAGUCCCAGCGCAACUCUGUGAUCAGCAAAGGCGGCAAAAGGUCACCGAAGCAGAAAGUGCUGAUCAUGAUUUUCACCAUCGUGCUGGUGUUCUGGGCGUGCUUCCUGCCUUUCUGGAUCUGGCAGCUGCUGCCUCUGUACCACACCAAGCCGCUGAGCCUGGCCUCGCAGACGCACACGUGCAUCAACUACCUGGUCGCGAGCCUCACAUACAGCAACAGCUGCAUCAACCCUUUCCUCUAUACGCUGCUCACCAAGAACUACAGGGAGUACCUGAAGAACAGGCACAGGAGCUUCUACAAGUACACGUCGUCGUUUAAGAAGCGGCCGCCCAGCCUCUACUCGUGGGGCAAGUCGGCGUCCUCCAGCAAUCAGUUCGAGUUCAACUCCGAGACGCUGGUCAUGGGGUCACUGAAGUGAGGAGAAAGCGUCUGGAGCCGGAGCAGCGACAGGUAGGCGGUGAUGUCUCCGUUACGCACGGGCUGGAGUCAGAGCAGCUCCGCAUA